AUGACUUCAGUAAGACUGAAACACUUCAUAACUACCCCAAUAUUUUACGCCAAUGGACCCCCACACAUUGGCCAUCUUUAUACUGCGCUGUUAGCAGAUGUUUCGAAUCGUUGGAAACUGCUAAAAGGUGGUGAUGUUGAUUUGAAUAAUUCGUUAUUUACAACAGGAACUGAUGAACAUGGUUUAAAGAUCCAGCAGACUGCCACUACAGCUGGUUGUGAUCCACAACGUUAUUGUGAUGAUAUUAGCGACAAAUUCAAAGAUUUAUUUCGUGCUUUUGGCAUACAGCCGAAUGACUUUAUUCGAACCACUGAAACACGACAUAAAGAAGUUGUUAAGCAUGUUUGGAAAGAAUUGGAUAAACGAGGACUGAUACAACGAGGUAAACAUGAAGGUUGGUAUUCAACCGUUGAUGAGUGCUUCUAUGCUAAUGAUGAAGUGGAAAAAUUGGAUGGACAGACUUCUGCAGUAAGUAAAAGCACGGGUUCUGUUGUCGAAUGGGUGCAGGAAGAAAAUUAUAUAUUUCCUUUGUUCAAAUAUCUUGGCGCAGUACGAAACUGGCUUAGUAAUUGCGAUGUCAUACGUCCGAAAGUUUAUUUUCCGGAAGCACUUCAGCAUGCAAGCGUGGAAAGAGAUCUUUCGCUAUCGAGAGAUAGGAAGCGAGUCACUUGGGGUAUUGCAGUACCAAAUGAUGAAAGUCAAACGAUAUAUGUUUGGUUCGAUGCACUAGUGAAUUAUUUAACAGUAAGUGGUGUUUUUUCUAACAAGAAGAGCUCAAUAUGGCCUCCAACAUGUCAAAUCGUUGGCAAAGAUAUUUUAAAGUUUCAUGCCGUUAUUUGGCCGGCAUUUUUGCUUGCACUCGAUUUGCCUCUUCCGAAGCGGAUAUUUGUUCACAGUCACUGGCUUGUUGAUGGAGUUAAGAUGUCAAAAAGUAUUGGAAAUGUGGUUGAUCCAUUUACUGCUUCUAAAUCAUUAUCCGAAGAAGGAUUAAGGUAUUUUUUGCUUCGACAGGGAACUCCACAAAAUGAUGCGAAUUUCACGAUGUUGAAAGCUGUUAAUGUUGUCAAUACGGAUCUCAUAAACAAUGUUGGAAAUUUACUGCAACGUUCAACGAUUGGAAAACUCAACCCUUCUCAAACAUAUCCUGCAUUCCAUUCGGAUUCGUUCCGUAAUUUGUUGGAAUUAGGUGAACCACUAAUAGAGUCAAUCAACUGUUUGACAGAAGUAUAUGAGGAACAGUUUGAUGAAUUAAUGAUAUACAAAGCUCUUGAACUUCUUAUGGAUGUUAUGCGGCAAACAAAUGGUUUUUUUCAGUUCUAUGAACCAUGGAAGGAAUUGGACGUUAGAAAGGUAUCUUCAUUGCUAUACAUCUGUUAUGAAGUGUUACGAAUUUGUGGUAUUUUGCUACAGCCAGUGGUACCUCAUUAUGCUGAUCAUCUGCUAAAUAGGCUAGUUGUCUUUCUUAUUUAUUUCUUUGUUUAG